CAGUAGCAUUAGCCUCGUCCGCCCUCUCAAAGCUUGUGAACAAAACAUUCCAAAAAAAAAAAAAAACUGAUUUAUUCUUACAGAUUCACAAAUCUUAUCAUGUCUUUCAAUUCCAGACGUAACUUCUGCCGCUUCUCUCUCCAUAUUACUCUCAUCUCACGCUCUUGGAGUUAAACAACCUCUCCUUCCACUUUUACCUGUUGUGCUUUCUUAUUGACUGCCAUUUCUUGAUCAGUCUCUUUCUCUUCCCUCCCUAUUUGCCGCAAUUCAAUCUCUGAAUCAAAUAAAUGAUCCAUUACAGCUAACAUGGUAUGUUCACAUUUUCUUUUUCUUUCUUUCACUUUCUCAUUGAUCCCAUAUCGCUUGAUCUUGGCUUAGACAUUGGAAUCUUUGAUUAAACCGCCUUUUGUGUAAAGCCCAUGUGCCACAAACUCAAAUUUCAAUGCUUUGUCUGUUACAAGGUAGCUAUUUGGGUACUGUGUCAUCAACUUCUAGGCCUUGCUGAUAUGAUUUGCUGGAAUCUGGGUUUUUCUCUUGGGAGACAACCCAUGAUUGUAUUUGAAUUUUGAGGUUUUAAAGCUACUUCGUUGCGAAAACGGUUUAUCAGGAUUGGACCCUGGUGGUGAAUUUUUGAUACAGUGUCGCUAUAGAGAUGCAAUCGAGGGUCGUUCCAUUAGAGGAGGGCAAGGACCCUAUGAUUCCAAUCAAAACAAGCCAACCCAAGGCGUUCCCACUAAGGUUACUCCAGUUAUUUCUGCUGUUUUUAGCUUUAUGCAUCGCAUUUUCAAUCAUCAGUAUAUACUCAAUCAAACGUUUUGGAGUUAACAAUGUGGUGACCACGGUUAAGACCACUUCCAAGCCAUGCCCUGAGGAACCUAAUGCUUUGGAUCGUUGGAUUAGGCCUCCUUCAAAUGUGAUUCACAAGAUGACUGAUGAAGAGCUCUUUUGGAGGGCUUCAUUCGUUCCAAGAAUAAAGAAAUACCCUUUCAGUAGAAUUCCAAAGAUUGCAUUUAUGUUCUUGACCAAGGGGCCGCUUCCUCUGUCACCUCUUUGGGAAAGGUUUCUGAAGGGGUAUGAAGGGUUGUAUUCAAUCUAUGUUCAUUCACAUCCAACAUUUGAAGCCAAAUUUCCAUCUUCAUCCGUUUUUCAUGGAAGACAUAUCCCCAGUCGGAUUUCUGAAUGGGGUAAGAUGAGUAUGUGUGAUGCUGAAAGAAGGCUUCUUGCAAAUGCGUUGCUCGAUAUCUCUAACGAAUGGUUCAUUCUCCUAUCUGAAUCUUGCAUUCCUCUAUAUAAUUUCAGUGUCAUCUAUAAAUACAUAAUGAAAUCUAGAUAUAGCUUCAUUGGUGCAUUUGAUGACCAUGGCCCAUAUGGGAGAGGACGAUACAACGAAAACAUGGGUCCUGAGGUGAAUAUCACCCAGUGGCGAAAAGGUUCUCAGUGGUUUGAGAUUAACCGAAGGCUUGCAGUUAACAUAGUGGAAGAUACUACAUAUUACCCAAAAUUUGAAGAAUUCUGUAAGCCCCAUUGUUAUGUUGAUGAACAUUAUUUCCCCACAAUGCUAACCAUUGAAGCAGCCCAUCUGUUAGCAAAUAGAAGCGUCACUUGGGUGGACUGGUCAAGGGGUGGAGCUCACCCAGCAACAUUUGGAAGGUCAGAUAUAACGGAGGAUUUUUUCAGAAGGAUUUAUGAAGGUCAGCACUGCACCUACAACAAUCAGCCCUCUUCAGUGUGUUAUCUUUUUGGGAGAAAAUUUGCCCCAAGUGCGCUGGAACCUUUGUUAAAUAUAUCACAAAAGGUUUUAGGCUUCUGACAGAAGAAGAUAUCAAAUAAUUUUGAUCUGUGAAAAAUGGUCCAGGGGAACAUGGAUGGGAGACUCAUUAUUUGCAUCUUGCAUGUUCUUUAAGAAGUAAUGGUGAUGGGAUAUGCUUUCUUGCUUGUACACUUCUUUUGCACAGCUCCUGUCAAAAAAUAUAUAUAUGUACAGGAAAUGCGUUUAACAAGUUUAGCUUGCAUCAUAUUUUGACAUUUUUGUAUUAGACUAUAAAUAUCUGAUUUCUUUUUUUUUU